UCGGCCGCGGGCGGGCGGGCAGCGCAGCGCCGAGCGAGGCCCGCGGGCCCAUGAGGAGGCCCGGGGACCAUGGGCUCCAGGAUCAAGCAGAACCCAGAGACCACAUUUGAAGUGUAUGUUGAAGUGGCCUAUCCUAGGACGGGUAGCACUCUUUCAGAUCCUGAGGUGCAGAGGCAAUUCCCGGAGGACUACAGUGACCAGGAAGUUCUACAGACUUUGACCAAGUUUUGUUUCCCCUUCUAUGUGGACAGCCUCACAGUUAGCCAAGUUGGCCAGAACUUCACGUUCGUGCUCACUGACAUUGACAGCAAACAGAGAUUCGGGUUCUGCCGCUUAUCUUCAGGGGCGAAGAGCUGCUUCUGUAUCUUAAGCUAUCUCCCCUGGUUCGAGGUAUUUUAUAAGCUGCUUAACAUCUUGGCGGAUUAUACGACAAAAGGCCAGGAAAAUCAAUGGAAUGAGCUUCUUGAAACUCUGCACAAACUUCCCAUUCCUGACCCAGGAGUGUCUGUUCAUCUCAGCGUGCAUUCUUAUUUUACUGUGCCUGAUACCAGAGAACUUCCCAGCAUACCUGAAAAUAGAAAUCUGACAGAAUAUUUUGUGGCUGUGGAUGUAAACAACAUGUUACAUCUGUAUGCCAGUAUGCUGUAUGAACGCCGGAUUCUCAUCAUCUGCAGCAAACUCAGCACCCUGACUGCCUGCAUCCACGGGUCUGCCGCGAUGCUGUACCCCAUGUUCUGGCAGCACGUGUACAUCCCCGUCCUGCCUCCACAUCUGCUGGACUACUGCUGUGCUCCCAUGCCCUACCUCAUAGGAAUCCAUUUAAGUUUAAUGGAGAAAGUCAGAAACAUGGCCCUGGAUGAUGUCGUGAUCCUCAACGUGGACACCAACACGCUGGAAACUCCCUUUGAUGAUCUCCAGAGCCUCCCAAAUGAUGUGAUCUCUUCCCUGAAGAACCGGCUGAAGAAGGUGUCCACAACCACUGGUGACGGGGUGGCCAGGGCCUUCCUCAAGGCCCAGGCUGCUUUCUUCGGCAGCUACCGAAAUGCUCUGAAGAUUGAGCCCGAAGAGCCAAUCACCUUCUGUGAAGAAGCCUUUGUGUCCCAUUAUCGCUCGGGAGCCAUGAGGCAGUUUCUACAGAAUGCCAUCCAGCUACAGCUCUUCAAACAGUUUAUUGAUGGUAGACUGGACCUUCUCAAUUCUGGCGAGGGUUUCAGUGACGUUUUUGAAGAAGAGAUCAGCAUGGGCGAGUAUGCUGGCAGUGAUAAACUCUACCAUCAGUGGCUCUCCACAGUCCGGAAAGGAAGCGGAGCGAUUCUGAAUACCGUAAAAACAAAAGCAAACCCAGCUAUGAAGACUGUCUAUAAGUUUGCAAAAGAUCAUGCAAAAAUGGGAAUAAAAGAGGUGAAAAACCGCUUGAAGCAAAAGGACAUCACUGAGAAUGGCUGUGCCCCCACCACGGAAGAGCAGCUGCCAAAGACUGUGCCGUCCCCACUGGUAGAGGCCAAGGACCCCAAGCUCCGAGAGGACCGGAGGCCAAUCACAGUCCACUUCGGACAGCCACAAAGACGCCGUCCCGCUCGCCCGCCGCCUCCCAAGAUACAGCGCUCGAGGCCCGUGCGCCCUCCCCGUCCACAUGUGGCGAAGAGACCAAAGAGCAACAUCACAGUGGAAGGCCGGAGGACCUCUGUCUCCAGCCCUGAGCACCUGGUAAAGCCCUUGCGACACUAUGCGGUCUUCCUCUCCGAAGACUCCUCUGAUGAUGAAUGCCAGCGGGAAGAGGGCCCGAGCUCUGGCUUCACCGAAAGCUUUUUCUUCUCCGCUCCCUUUGAAUGGCCUCAGCCAUAUCGGACACUCAAGGAGUCAGACAGCGCAGAAGGUGAAGAGCCAGAGAGUCCAGAGCAGCGAGGCCGGGAGCCCACUGGCCCUGCCCCAGCUCCGCCUGACCGGGCCGCCAGCAUCGACCUCCUGGAAGAUGUCUUCAACAACCUGGGCAUGGACGUCCCGCUGCAGCCACUGGGGCAGGCCAAGAGCUUGGAGGACCUUCGGACCCCCAAAGACCUGAGGGAGCAGCCAGGAACCUUUGACUAUCAGAGGCUGGACCUGAGCCGGAGCGACCGGAGCCGCGGGAUGCCAGCGGCCUUGAAGCUCACCCACCCGUACAACAAGCUCUGGAGCCUGGGCCAGGACGACAUGGCCAUCCCCAGCAAGCCGCCGGCCAGCUCCCCCGAGAAGCCCUCACCCCUGCUCGGGAGCUCCCUGGCUCUGCCCCGCAGGCCGCCGCCUCAGGACAGCAUCCUGAAGCCGAGUGACAAGGAGGAGGCGCCCACCCCCACUCUGGGCAGCAUUACCAUCCCCCGGCCCCAGGGCAGGAAGACCCCAGAGUUGGGCAUCGUGCCUCCGCCCCCCACCGCCCGCCCGGCCAAACUUCAGGCUGCCAGUGCUGCCCUCGCCCUCGGAGACUUCUCAGAGAGGCUGCCAGCUGAGCAGGAAAGGCGAGCUCCCCUGAGUCCAGCCCCGUUCCCCGGGCUCCUCCCCAGCGCUGCCCCCCAAGGCGCCCCCGAACGGCUGCAGCCCCUCAGCCUGGGCCCGGGGGCUGCAGACACAAGCGGUGACGCCCUGCUGGCCCUCCUGGACCCACUUAACACAGCCUGGCCAGGCAGCACCCUUCCACCAGGACCUCCAGCCCCGAAUGUAGCCACCUCACUCACUCCCCAGUUCAGCUUCCCCCCAACAGGGACCCCCACCCCAUUUCCACAGCCGUCGCUCAAUCCCUUUGUGCCAUCCGUGCCAGCGGCUCUGCCCGCCAUGUCCCUGGUCUCCACACCAGCCGGGCCUUUUGGGGCCCCGCCUCCUUCCCUGGGGCCAGCUUUCGCCCCCAGCCUCCUGCUGUCCAGCUCUGGCUUCUGUGUCCCACAUAGAGCUCAGCCCAACCUGUCUGCCCUCUCCAUGCCCAACCUCUUCGGCCAGAUGCCCGUGGGCACCCACACCAGUCCCCUGCAGCCCCUGGGCCCCCCGAUGGUCGCCCCUUCAAGGAUCCGAACAUUGCCCCUGGCCCGCUCAAGUGCCAGGGCCGCUGAGGCCAAGCAGGGGCUGGCUCUGAGGCCCGGAGACCCCCCUCUCCUUCCUCCCAGACCCCCACAGGGCCUGGAGCCAGCACUGCAGCCUUCGGCUCCUCGAGAGGCCAAAGACCCCUUUGAGGAUUUGUUACGGAAAACCAAGCAGGAUAUGAGCCCGGCCCCGGCCCCAGGCUCAGUAGAGCAGCUCAGGAAGCAGUGGGAGACCUUCGAGUGAGCCGGGCCACGCGCCGAGCCGCCUGCCGCCGGGCUCCGAGGCUGGCCGGCCCUGCUCCCCUGCUCUUCUGUGUCUGCCCAGGUUCUACCGGUGGGACAGGAUGGGACCCCUCUCUGCCGCCCCUCUCUCCCCUCCACACCACCCGGCUCUGAGGUCUGGCCGCUGGAGAAUGGUGCCCGUUCUGGCCUGGGAAUGGGCCCAGCUCCUGGGCACCCACCCCACCCUGCCACCUCCCCUCCCCCCUGCACCCUUGAUUAGGUUUUGCACUAAAGAGGUCAGCUGGGCGAAUGACUGUCCCAGACCAGGUCCGACCCACCAUCCCCCUGGAAACCUCCCACCGGGAGCCCCGGGCCUCCACGAGGCUUCUCCUUCCCAGCUCUGUUCUCUUGCCCCAGCCACAGCCUGGCCCUGCACACCCCCGCCGGAACCAGCACAGGCGGCAGUGGUGGCCUCAGCGUGGGCUCGUCUGUACCAGACACAUGUGGUUUGGAGUUCGGAGUAAGGAGCCCCCGUCCCGGGCUGGAGAGCCUGCCUACCCGGAAGGGCAUUUGCAGCCUUCUCAGGCGAUACCCACACUCUUUCUUUCUUUCUUGAGUCUUUACCCCAAUCCCAGCCUUCAGUUGUUCCUGGCUUGGUAGGGAUUUGGGGCUGAGGGAUCCUGGGGAACCCUCUGGUAGCCAAACCCAGCCCCAGCCAGCCGUGCAUGGGGGCUGGGAGCACCAGCAACACUGAUUUGUGGAAGAAAAAAUAGCAGCAGGUAAACUGAGUGCAUUAGAAGGAGUUGGGCCACCGUCCUGUGCUCUUCCUCUCACACAUACUCGAACGGAGCCCAGCUGCUGAUUGCGUGGGACUGUGGGGGAAGGGCUGAGAAGCAGGCACCCGGAGCCCCCCUGGGAAGCCAAGCCUAAUGCCACAGAUGGAUGCAAGAGUCCCAGCUGCUGAUCAGUAACGGGCAGGGGUGCUGAGCCCUUCUCCAGGACCGGGGGAGUGGAUGAACUUGGCAUUUUGCAGCCUGGAGGCUGGAGAAGGGCAGGGAGCCGCCCCCGCCCACAUAGCGUAGAAAUUCCUGAGGCCAACGUCACCAAAGCUAAAUUGAAAUGUUUUGUUAUUGUUUCUUUUAUCUAUCUUUUCCUUUCUACUUUAUUGAUUUGAUGAUUCUUAAAAUUGACUAGUUUCAAUAAACCAAGUUAAAAUAUGGCCCAACCAUUUAAGAAAACAACCAUCUGAGACAUGCAGGAAAUUGUGAGCAUUUUGACCUGAUUUCUCAUUUCCUAUUUGUGAAUGGUCAGACAUAGAGUCUCAGAGGUGUCUGACAGGGCCAGGGGGCUCCUGGAGGCCCCCGGAACCCCAAGGAACCUUGUCAUUGUCUGAGGGACCCUGUGUGGGUCCGUGAGGCUGUGAGGGCUGGCCCUGAGUUUCUCAGCCACCGGGCGUGGAGAGCUGCUGGCGCAGCGCACGGCCCCUCCCUGAGUCGGUCACGGCCCCCUCUCUCAGUCUCCGAGUGUUCUCUGCCCACGAAGGUGGAGAGGGAGCCACGUGGUGUCCGGGCACAUGAGCUUCUCAGGUGUUUCCGCACCAGUUCCCGAUCCGCCCACCCGUGCUGGGCAGACCCCUGAGCCCCAUCAGGGACAAAGCGUGCGAUAAGGGAUACUGUGGGGCCCCAGGGAUGCAGAGCCCACCCUGUGGUCGGUCUCCCUGGCUGUGCUGGGGGCUGCUGGCGCGCACUCCGUGUUCUCGAGAGCAUUGUUGUCUCUUCUCUGGCCGGAUUGAAUUUGCACCCAAGGAUGAAUGUUGUGUGCGUUCAAUAAAAUCUUGGGGAAAAGGUUGGCA